AAGAGUCAACAUUGCCAAAGAGUUCAGUUAAAGCUCAACUGCUCCUGACCGUUACGCACACAUCGCAGACUUUCUUUUUGCUUGCAAAACUGAUUUUAUUCUGAUUUUUCUGCAAUGUCUAAAGGAGAGAGACAAACGAAUUACCAAGUGCUGGAAAACUACAUCGGAGGGAAAUUUGUACCAUGCACCAAGCAUAUAGACUCAUUCGACCCAUCAACCGGAGAGGUUUAUUGCAAAGUACCAGACAGUGGACCACAAGAGGUGGAUGCCGCGGUGAAAGCAGCCAAAGAAGCCUUUCCUGAAUGGUCAGCAAAGAGUCCAGAGGAGAGAUCUAAAGUGUUGAAUAAACUGGCAGACCUGAUAGAGGCUCGGCAGGAGGAGUUUGUGCAGGCUGAGUCUAAAGACCAGGGAAAGACUGUAACUUUUGCUCGAAAUGUGGACAUUCCACGAUCAGCGUACAACUUCCGUUUCUUCGCAUCGUCUGUUUUGCAUCACCUUACUGACUGCAGUCAGAUGGAUCACAUGGGUUGUGUCCUUUACACAAUACGCUGUCCUGUAGGAGUGGCUGGUCUUAUAAGUCCAUGGAAUCUGCCAUUGUAUCUCCUGACCUGGAAAAUUGCCCCGGCUGUUGCUACAGGCAACACAGUGGUGGCGAAACCCAGUGAAAUGACCUCAGUCACUGCUUGGAUGAUGUGUCAGCUGUUGGAGGAAGCUGGCUUUCCACCCGGAGUGGUUAACAUUGUGUUUGGCACCGGUCCACGUGCAGGGGAUGCUUUGGUGUCCCACCCUGAUGUUCCACUUAUUUCGUUCACGGGGAGCACGGCUACAGCAAGACUGAUAACCGAGCGUGGUGCACCAUAUUGUAAGAAACUUUCUUUGGAGCUUGGUGGAAAAAAUCCUGCAAUUAUAUUUGCCGAUGCUGACAUGGAGCAAUGCAUCAGCACUACUGUACGAUCAAGCUUCUCCAAUCAGGGAGAGAUCUGUCUCUGUACCAGCAGAAUCUUUGUUGAACGGAGUAUAUAUCCAGAAUUUCUUGCUCGCUUUGUGGAGGCAGCUCGGCAGUGGAAAACUGGAGUGCCCACUGAUCCCUCCAACAACAAUGGUGCCCUCAUCAGCAAAGAGCACUUGGAAAAGGUCAGACGUUAUGUUGCUUUAGCGCUGGCUGAGGGUGCUCAGGUACAUUGUGGGGAGGGUGUGGACAAACUUAACCUUCCUCAGCGAAAUGCGGGUGGCUAUUUUAUGCUGCCCACCGUCAUCUCUGGGGUGGCAGAUACGUCCGCCUUGAUGCAGGAAGAGAUAUUCGGACCCGUUACCUGUGUGACACCCUUCGAUAAAGAAGAGGAAGUGAUAUCACGAGCCAACGCUGUACGCUACGGCUUAUCCGCCGCAGUUUGGUCCCGAGAUGUGGGGCGCGUGCACAGGGUUGCUAGGAAACUGCAGGCUGGCUUAGUGUGGACCAACUGCUGGCUGAUCAGAGAUUUAAAUCUUCCGUUUGGGGGUAUGAAGAGCUCUGGGAUUGGUAGAGAAGGGGGCAAAGAUUCAUACCACUUCUUUACAGAAGUUAAAACGAUCGCUAUCAAACACUAAGAUGGCCUUUAGAUGCUGUGUUGGGGAGAGUGAGUCACUAAGUGAAUCAUGUGUUGUUGCAAACCUGUUUAGAAAUUAUAUAGAGGAGGCAAUCAGAUUAACCUUUGUCUUGUAUGGUGGUAAAUAAAGUUCAAAAUCACAAAAUUUAAGGGACUUGCACCUUCAUCUGGGUCACUUUGUCCUAGAUUGUCAUAUCUCUAGCAUAUGUCAUUGAAAGACACUGUAGUAAAAUAGGUGGCCUCUACAUGCCUUUGUAUUAUUAUUACAUUCUUUAAAAGAAAUAAAAAUGAAUAUAGAUCUAUACAUUAUAUUCAUAUCCAAUUAUGACAUACAUUAAAGGUAUAGUUCAGCUUCAAAAAGGACAUUUCUGUCAUCAUUUACCCUCUAGUUGUUACAAACCUGUAUCAUUUUUUGUUGUUGUGCUGAACCAAAGGAGAAUAAUUUAAGCAAUGUUUGUAGCCAAACAGUUUUUGGGCCCCAUUGACUUCCAUAGUAUUUUUUCUACUGUGAAAGUCAAUGGUGCUUCUGCUUCCUGCUUGAUUAUUUAGGAGAUCUUGUUGUUAUUUUUUUUCUCUGGGACACCAUAUGGGUACAAUGAGAUUGGGGCUUCAGACUCUUGCAUGCUACCCUCCUACAGAUGGGUGCAUAUUAAUUUGGCGUUACCAAGAAUUAGCCGAGUGUUAGUUGAUGUGGGAAGGUAUCUGACACAUCAUAACACACACAUACAUGUGUACUUCUUAGCCAUGACUGUGCUUCACAAACACUGUGCUUUAGAAGGUUACAAAUGAAUCACAACCAACUUGUUAGACACCAUUAGGAUAAAACCGACCUUUGAGAUUCAUGUCAAAUGUCUCUAGCAAGUUAAAUGUUCUCAGCUCUUAAACUUUAGAAAAUAGACAACAACAACAAAACAUGUUAUGGUAAAACAGUUGUGGUUAUAUAGUUAAAUACACUUUGCAUAGUUUCUGCAAUCCUUUUUGUUAUGAAAGAUACAAUCUUCACAAUGCGAUUAGUAAAACUGUGUUAUGUUUGUAUUUAGUACAGCCCUAGGGAAGUUGCAUAACAGAUAUUAACAUAUAUUCCACAGGACAAAACUUAAUUAUGCACAACCUCACAAAAGGCUACGAACAGUUUUCCCUUAAGAAAGCAAAACACAAUAUUAAAAACUUUGGUGGUGAUAUUGUGUGUUCAGUUAGAAUAAUUAUAAUUCUGAUAUUUUUUGUAGCAUAUCUGAAAUAAU